AUGGACUGUAUCUACGACGUCGAGACCUCUAGGAGUAGACACAAUACUGGUUCUUCAGACACGACGUCGAGAAACCGCGCUGCCUCCAAUUCCACGGACGAAGCACAAUCAUCAACUACAAGCCGCACAUCUCAGCUUCCGGAGUUCACACCAAACCCCAGGAGAGACAGCGCAACGGCCAGCAGUGUCGCUGUUGAACUCGAGCAGAUGUUUCAGGAGAUAUUUUCGGGGGAUCCAACGCCAAAAUCGAAUGCCUACCAGGAACAACUUGCUACGUUCUACAGAGACUAUGUGCGAAGUACAACAAACGAGGCCGACGACGACAGUAGGUCGGAGACGCUGGCGCCUUCACGUCCGCGCUACCAUAAUCUUUUCGUCGUGCUUGUCCAGGACCUCCUAAGUAUGUUGACCGACAAGUUUGGGGAUCUGGGUUGCCAGCACAUCCAGGAUGGCAAGGCCAAAUUUUAUGUUCGUGGCCUUGCUCAUGAUAAGGCAAUGCACAUGUUCGAUUUGACGCCAGUUCCUUCGGACCUACUAGCCGAGUACGAAAGCCGCCGGACGACGCAGAUGAUUGAUGUCUGGUUCUCAAUGCACCCUCUGUCGAUGCUCAUUUCCAAGACAUUACUGCUUCAGAGCCUGCGCAACAAGACAGUCGAUGAAAUCCUUCUUGCCGCCAUCGUUGGAGGUGCAGAAUUCAGUCGUGACGACGAGGCCUCCCGCACACGUACCGAAGCUCUGUUUCGAUGGGCGGCCAACAAGCUGCGCGCCCGCUCAGCGGCUGACUGGGACCUUUCAACCGCUCAGGCGCUGAUGCUCCUUGGAUGGCACGAUCUCUGCUACGGGUCGGUACGCAGGGCAACCUGUUAUAUUGGUUACGCAGGACGAAUGGUCACAGCUCUGAAGACUAAGCCCGCCGGCGUUGGUGCGACCGCAAACAGUAGAGUCAACGGCAUCUCUGCCAGCGAGGUUGAGGAAGAACUCCUCACAUACUCUUGGUGGAUCACGUUCUCGGUCACCCUCUGGACCUUCAUGCAGAUGGAUCGACCGUUCACUCAUCUGCUGCCAUCGGUUUUACCUCCUAGGUUCCUGCCUUUAGACGAGUCCUCGUCAGUGCCCAUUAGUCUGGACGAGAUCUCUGAGAAUCUGUCCACCCUACCGUCGCAGAAACGCGUGGUACGAGACUUCUGGCCUCUUAGCCAUAUAUCCUUUACGACGGCUCACGUUUACGCCCUCCAAGUGGAAGAACCGGAAACUGAAGAGGAAUCUGUAUCCGGAUGUUGGCAAGAGCGCACUUUCCAUCAGUUCCGCCACCUGCCGAAACUCAGUAACAGCCAGAAUAUCGGAAAUAUCUGCGCAAAUGUUCGCAGGGUAUUCAGCGACGCCAUUGUUCUUCUGAAACAAGCCGUUAUCAACCCGGACACGGUGGCGGUGGUCUCGACCUUUGCACAUACGGUCUUGAUUCACCUACUCUUUCCGCGAUCACGAUCCUCACCUUCGGCCACCCCAGCCUCAUCGUUAACGGAAGAGACCAUGAAGAGCUUUUUCUCAUCCGCUGAGGCGCUUCUCAUCCUCUUCUCGGAAACUGUUGAGAGCCGCCAGAAUGGCCGAGGCAUUGCCGAGCGUUCCUAUCUGUUCGAGCUCUACAUCUCAGCAAUGGAUGCAUGCGGUCGGGCCAUGGAGUUGUUCUACAUAAGCGCGCAGCGUGGUCCAGAGCCAAUCACUCGGAUGGUUACGGCACAGGCGGUCCGACUUUGCGACAUUGCAACCCGGAUGCAUGCCUUUGCACGCGACGAAGUAGCUCUCCACGCGCAAUCGAUGCGUCCCGUCAAGAAGCGUCUAAAAGCUGUCCGGAACCGCUUCCAGCUCGUAUCCCAAGGGAACGGCGUGAGCUUCGCGGACCCGAUCUUCAACUUCGGGGCCCAUCCGACGUUUUCUCCCGACAACGUCAGCCUGCCCUCGUACACGACAACAAGCUCCUACGACUGCGAGCUAUUCAAGACGCCGUCGAUGAACUCGCAUCUGCAAACACCGUUGAUGGGUUCUCAGAUUAGCGACUCAAGCAAUGCACAACUGGAGGCGCUCACACUAACUGAUCACCCGAUCAAUUGGUCCUGGCCACUUGACACAUCGACUUCGCACGUCGACUUCAACAACCUGGACCAUCUCUUCCCCCAAAUCACCCAUCGCGAUGAAAAAGAUGCGAGCAACUGGAUGACAGCUCAGCCGUGGGAGACAGACCGGAACGUCAUGCACGGUGGUCAAGCGAUACCUCCAACGCCUGCAAGCACCAACUCGAGUAGAUUUAACGACCAGCCGGGGACGAAGAGGAGGCGGAAAAACUCUCGCGAGCCUGCUACUUUGUUUGCAUUUGCUGGUGUAAAUGAAUGA